UGUGAUUCAUUAGGCUCUGAAGGUAUCCAGUGUGAUACACAUACAGGUCAGUGUACGUGCAAAUCUGGAGUUACCGGAUUGAAAUGUGAUAAAUGCGCUCCCAAUUAUUUUGGUUUAGAUUCAAAUGGAUGUAAAGAAUGUCGUAUAUGUCCAGCACCCGGUCAUAUUUGUGAUUCAAUAACCGGCGAAUGCAUCUGCCCACCCAAUACAAUCGGUGAAAUGUGUGAGAAGUGUUCCAAUAAUGCUUGGAAUUAUGAUCCUUUAAAUGGUUGUACGCUUUGUGAUUGUUCCAAUAUCGGAGCCGAUGGACCAAAUUGUAAUCCUGAAAAUGGACAGUGUAAUUGUCGAGUGGGUUUUGUUGGUCUCAAAUGUGAUCGAUGCAUUCAUGGACAUUUUAAUUUUCCAAAAUGUGAAUUAUGUAAUUGUGAUCUAUCGGGAACCGAUCCAACAACUUGUAAAAAUGGUGCAUGCCUUUGUGAUGAGAUAGGACAGUGUAAUUGCAAGAAGAAUGUGAUAGGCCUAAAAUGUGAUAGUUGCGAUGCAUUCAGCUUUAGUUUGGAGAAAACUAAUGCAUUUGGUUGCACUGAUUGCUUCUGCUUUAAUCGUACUAAUUUUUGCAUACAAAGUAAUCUUGUAUGGCAACAAAUUUAUGCACCUGAUCGACAGGUAAUAUUCUCAGAACCAUGGAAGUAUUACAUACGUAAACAUAAUUUGAAUGUACUUAGAGAGGAUCCACCGAUAUACAAUAGUUAUCCAACGGAUAUUACACCUUUAUAUUGGCCUCUUCCAUCUAGUUUUCUGGGUGAUCGAACAGCAUCCUACAAUGGCUUCAUUCGUUUCACAAUUAAAAACGAUGAUAACUAUCGUGGUAUCAGCAAUGUGGCACCUGAUUUACAGCAUUUCCGCUUCUUCCCGCAAAUCAUCUUGGUCGGCAAUCAUCGUAUCAUUUUGGAACAUACACCGGAUGAAAUAAGCCAAUUAGGGCGCUAUAAAAUUCGUCUACAUGAGAGUCAAUGGCGUUCACGCUUAAGUCCUGACGUACGCGUAACACGCAAACAACUAAUGAUCGCUUUGCAAAAUUUACAAGGCAUUUAUAUCAGAGCUACAUACAACUAUCCAUCCACCGGUGAUACGGCAUCAAUUAAUGAAAUAAGUAUCGAUGUAGCAGUAUGGGAAAAUACCACCGAUACUUUGUCAAAUUCAGUAGCAAUUGGUGUGGAACAAUGUGAAUGCUCUCAGGGUUAUGCUGGUAAUUCAUGCCAAGAUCCGGCCGAAGGUUAUUGUCGAAAACGACAACCUGAUUUCCUGAACAGUCCAGAUGAUUUAGCAUUGGUUGGUGGAUCAAAACUAUGCGCAUGCAAUGGGCAUUCAACAACAUGUGAAGCAGAAACUUGCAGAUGCACUAAUUGUGAACACAAUACGUACGGUGAUUUUUGUGAAUUUUGCAAGCCGGGUUAUCAGGGAAAUGCACUGAUUGGUGGUGCUAAUGCAUGCACAAAAUGUGCAUGUCCAUUAGCCGAUAAUAGCUUUAGUGAUACAUGUAUAGCAGUAGAUCAUGGCCGAGGAUAUAUGUGUGAUGCAUGCAAACCUGGUUAUACAGGUCUAUACUGUGAAAAUUGCCAAACCGGGUACUACGGUAAUCCGAAUAUGGAGACAGGUCAAUGUGAAUGUCGAUCAGGUUUAUCCGGUCGUGAUUGCUCAUUAUGCAAAGAUAGACACGCAUUUAUUAAUGGUAUUUGUACCUCAUGUGAUCAGGGUUGUACGCGUGAUUUAAUGAAAGAAAUGGAUGAGUUAGAAGAAAUUAUGCAACAACAGAAUUUCACAAAUUUACGACCAGUUCCGUGGAAGCGUGCUAUUCGGAUAAGUAAUACAACAAAAAAUUUGCAUUUAAUUUUGGAAGCGCUACAUUUGGGGAAUUCUAUCAAUGAAGAUAUACGUAAAAGUGACAUUGGCAUAGAUGAUAACUUCUUAGAUGAAGUUAACGGCCUGGUAGAGCAGACGAAAUUUUUGCUGGAACGAGCUAAUAAAUCAAAAAAUACCUUGCAAGAGAGUACGGUAAAAACUGGAGACUUAUCUGGGAGAGCUCGAGAACAGGAUAAAAUUCUUCGUGAGGUUAUCAAUCAGCUACAACAUUAUAUAAAUUACGGAUUUGGAAAACAGGAUAGUUCAAAAAUUGCUGUUUGGAUCCAGGAAGCAAACGAUUACAUGAAUGUUAUGAAGGAACGUGGAAUCUACAUCGAGAAGCGUUACAAUCGUGGGAAUGCCGAUUUUGAGAAAUCUCAAGAUUUAAUGAAGCUGAUAACAUCACGUAUGCUAAAUCAUACGUCGUUCGUUGAAUUGCGUAAACAAUUGAAUGCUUUCGAACAAUGGCUAAACGAUUAUCGUGAUACCAUUUGGGAUAGAGCACGUCAGGAUACCGUAUCCGCCGAUAAAAUAACAAUUAUUGUAGCAAAACGAGUGGACCGAUUUAAUGCUGUAAAGACAAAUAUUACUACGCUAUUAGCUAAAGCAACCGAUGAAUUGAAUGAAUCAGAAAAUAAAGUAUCGAUUGCAAAAACAGAAAAAAUUUUAGCUAUGUUCGAUGAUUUCAAGCUCAUCAAUGAAACGCUAUUACCAGAAGUAGAUGAAGCGACACAAAAAUGUCGUGAUGAAGCUGACAAAUAUGGACAACUUCUGGAUGAAUAUCAUGAAGAGUAUGUGAAGAAAAAUGAACGUCAUGCAGCAGAGCUCGAGAAUGAAGCGCAAAAAUUGCAAAAUUCUUUUGCGGAUACAAAGAAUGCCGCAGCAGAUCCUCUUCGAGCAUCCAAUGCUUACAAGGAAAUUUUGAAAGCUUUACGAAAUGCUAGCAAAGCGGCAGAAGGAGCGAAGAAAGCUGCGGAAUUUGCAUAUACUGAUGCGGAUCCAAAAUCUGAGAUUUCAAUGGUUAAUAUGGCGCUACAGGCUAAAAAUCUUAGUAUAGCUAUUAAAGAAGAAGCUGAUGAGCUUAGCCUGAAAGAUUUAAAAAAAGAACGCUUAGCAGCUACUAUGAUAGUUAACGGAUUGAACGAAACAUUACAGGAUUCGAUAAAACGAAAAUUAGCAAUCAGUGAACAGUAUCAGUUAUUCGAUGAUCAACACGAUCGAAUGACCGGAUUAAUUAGCGUAGCUGAUGACGCAGAAAAAAGAGCCAAGAAUGUACAUCAGAAAAUGCAAGCAAUAUCUGUUGAAAUUGACACAAUGAAUGAUGCUGUUUUAAAACUACGGGGUUUUGCUGGUGAGAGUAUCCGGAAUAUCACUAAUGAUGUGCGUAAAGCUAAUCAAGGAGCGCAAGAAGCGAUGAAAAAAGUUUCGGAAGUAAAAAAGCAAACAGAUAGUGAUUCAAAACGGAUCAGUGUUCUAGGAGAACAAAUUAAAUUAUUACAGGAAAAAAUUAAAGAAGCACGUGAGAAGGCAUCACGCAUUCGAAUUUCGAUGAAAUCAGAUGAAAAUGGUAAUUGCCGCCGUGCUUUCAUCUCACCCGCACAUUUGGCACCAACCAAUUUGUUUACCAUCAAAUAUCGUCCGUUGCGGAAUGUUCCGGAUUCAUUGCUAUUUUUAACGAAAACAAAAACUAAACGCACUCAGCAAUCCGAAUACAUUGCAAUGGAAUUAAGGGAUCGACGUAUUGUUGUACAAUGGAAUAUUGGUUCCGGUACACGUAUGGCUACCAAUACGCAUACCAUUAAUUAUAUUGCACCAAGUGAUCGAACUGCCUGGUAUCAUAUAGUACUGGAAAGAUUUGGUAAUUCAGUAACGUUGACCGUAGCACUUCAUCAUACAAUAAGUGGUGAAGGUGAACGAACAAUCGGUGAACCGACUACCGUAUCGGUUGGACAACCGGAUGAAGAUGAUACCAUCAUUUUUAAUACGGUACAUGGUGAAACACUGAUUGAAUUUGGUAUCGAUGCAAAAUUAUCACAGGAUUUAGGAUUAGCAACUAACAAAUUUCUCGGUACUAUUGGUGAAUUUACAGUUGAUGGUGAAACAUUACCACUUUGGGCAUUUGCGGAAAGUAGCAAAGUUUGCGAAGGAGAUUUUGCUGCACCAGAAACUCAAACUACUGGUUAUUUUUUCCGUGAUGGUUUUGCACAAAUUCAUCUUCCUUCAACAGAACGACCAAGUGGAGCGCAAAUAACCGUGAUCCUAUCAGCUUAUUCACCCAAUGGUCUGCUAUAUUUCCGUGGUAAUCAAGAAAAUGGUGAUUUCAUCUCUCUGGAACUUCAUGAUGGACACGUUCUUUUCAGGAUCAAUCUUGGCAAUGAUUCAUAUGCAAUUGUUAAAUCUAAGAAAUCGUCUUACGCUGAUGGUCGCUCACAUACUGUUCGUGUCAUCAGAAACUAUGAAAAAAUACAUUUGCAGGUUGAUGACGAAAGUGAUCGUAGUUCUGCAACGAUACCUGGUCAAAAUGCAAAGUUAAAUAUUAACGGUGAUGAUCAUUACGUGGGCGGCAUUCCGCCGGGCUUCAAUACAAGUGUUUUCCGCCAUUUUGAUAUACAAUGGGAUGGAUUUUUCGGCUGCAUUCAAUCAGUCCGACCUUCUCAAGUUGCAGAAUUGGAUCUCGAUAAUCCAAUACGUUCACAACGUAAGCUACGUGGAUGUACUUUUAAAAAUGGUGAAAGAUUGCAACCAACUGAUAGAGUGGUUGGUUUCAAUCGUCCAGGUUAUCUGGUCAUUCAAGGAAUUCAACUUAGCAAUAAUUCCACGUUUGCAUUUGCAUUCCGCACAAAAACUGCUAAUGCUACAUUGCUAUUCCAAUCGAGCGAAUUGGAAACAUUUAGAAAACGUCGAAAAAUUAGGAAUUCUUUUGGGACUGGCUAUCUGGCAUUUUACUUAUAUCGCGGCUAUUUGGUUGUACAUCUCGGGACCGAUUCAUCACAGAAAAGUAAAGUGCUCACAUUAAGAUCUGAAGUGACCUAUAACGAUGGACAACUUCACUCAAUCUUUUUCACUCGUUUCGAAACAUUGGUACGUCUUCGGGUUGAUGAUCGAGAAAUAGCUUCCGGUACUCUUGGUGAACAGAAUACUAUAGGAACUGCUUCAUCGCAAUUAUUCAUUGGUGGAUUUCCCGAUGGUAUAAAACCAUCACCUAAUGAAAUGCCAGUUUCAGAAUCGAUGAUUGGAUGUGUAUCGAAUAUUUUCGCUGAUUAUCAACUUCUCCCAAUCAUACCUGAAUCGCAUAUUGCUUUAAUUGGUACCUGUCCAGUGGAACAAAUUUUCUCACUACAAAAAUCAGAACGGAGAGCAGAUAUGGAAGCAUUACAAGCAGACGAUCAAAAUGCUUUCAAUCUAAAAGCAUCGAAACUUUCUUUGCAUCUAACAGAGCCGACAUUGAUCACCAAAACGGAACGCCUAUAUGCGGAUGGAUCAAUCAAAACAAAUCCAGUAGCCAUCAGAGAAGCUAAUAAGAUGCCAGAAGAAUUGAAGCUAAUUGAUUUGAAAUCAUCUAUGAUAACGACAAUUCCAACAACUUUCAAUGACAUUUCUACAACCGAAAUUCUUACGGAAUUGACGGAAAAAAAAGACGAUGAUGAUGAUGAUGAUGAUGAUAAUAGUGGCACUAGUGAUUUCACUGCUUUAACAGAUUUUGGUCCUGGAAAGUGCGGUUCAAAUGUGUUAGCUAAAAAUGACGGGGAAGGUGCGGCACGAUUUGGUAUAGCGGAAGCAAGCCAUUCGAGAUUGAACUUUGAGGAGGAUUAUUUGGAUGUUAAUCAAUUCAAAAUUGAAUUUGCGCUCCGUACACUAUUACCAGACGGAAUGUUAUGGAUUUGGGCAAAUUACAGUAAUUACACGCGUUAUUUCUUCCUAAAUAUGAUCAGUGGAUUGUUACAACUUCAGGUUCGAGGACCUAAAGAAUCAAAAAUUUUGGUGUAUAAAUCAAAUAAAUUAAAUGAUGGGAAAUGGCAUGAUAUAAGUAUGAUAAAGCAAGGCCAAGAAAUUCUUCUUAAGGUGGAUCAUAAUCCGGCACAAUUCUUGAAAGAUGCACCAAAUCCGAAAGUGGUACGUAAACGGAUGUAUGUAGGCGGGGUCAUUUCAAGACAUCGGAAACAGUUCAAUUUAACAGUACCCUCAUUUUCUGGUUGUAUCAGAAAUUUUACGGUAAACGGCAUUAAGCAUGAUUUAUUUGAAAAAAGUCGUCACGUUGUACCGUGCAUCGUUCCUUCCAAUUCAGCAUACGUUCAUGAAGGCGGAUAUAUGACAUUUAGAUCAUUAAAAUCUAUUCGACAGCACAAAAAUAUUCAUAUUACGGUACAAUUUCGUCCUGCUGUAAAAGAUGGAUUUAUAUUUGGUUUGAUGACAAAUAAAGAUCCAGAAAAUGCACGAAUUGCUGUUUACCUUAAAAAUAGCAUGAUGACUUUUGAACUUGUGUUUAACGAUAAACAUUAUGAUUUGAAGCAUAUUUUUAAAAAAGAUCUAUGUGAUGGCGCUUGGCAUAAUAUUACGCUUUCCAUAUCACACUCGAAUAUCAUUAUCAUUACGGUUGAUGGACAUCGGAAACGCUUACCGUCAAAGGUAAGUUCUAAUUCGGUGGAGUUCUUCCGAAGUUUACCGAUAUAUGUUGGCGGAGUAACCGGUUUGUUUCCAUUUCUAUCUAUUAGUUUAUUUUUGUUUUAG